CGUAGCCAGGUUGUUUUGCAUAAGCUUGCCCAUAAUUCGUCUGCAGUUUGUAUUUUCCCUUCAUAUUCCAAAUGGAUGCUUUAUUUGAGAUUCCUGCAUUGCAAGGGGUUGGACAAUAACCCUAUGAAUCAAAACCCUAUCAUUUAUUAUUUUCUUGGGGUUGGGGGGGUUCCCCUCUCAAAUUCAUAGAACACCUAUAUUGCCGCUAGAAGAAGUUGUUCAAGCACAUGUCAGCAGGAUUGCUGCUCUUGAGGGACAGGCUCCUCGGACUUCCUUGAGUGGGAAUUGACCUCCUGAGGGUGACAUGAACAUGUUCCUCAUCAACAGCACCUGGAAGAGCUACCCAAAGACGACUUCCAGGUGCACACAGGACUCCACAUUCUCAGUGAGGCCAGUUUGAGAGAAGAGAACAUGCUGUGGCUGGGUUGCAGUUUACUGCUGGCGGCUCUUGCAGCUGUUGCAGCUGCUGAGAAGUUGGUUGGUAGUGCCAAGUGCCAACAAGAUUCUGUGCCGUGGCAAGUCUCCCUCCAGUCAGUGCACCAUGUCUGCAGUAGGGCCCUCAUCAGCCAAGAAUGGGUGUUGUCCUCAGCUCAGUGCAGCAGGAGCCCAGACCACAUGGAGGUCUGGCUUGGCCUACAAGUCCCUGAGACUCCUCCUAAGGAGAAGCAACAGGUCAUUGCUGCUGCCAAGCUGGUCCCUCAUAAGCAGUUCAACAACUACACACUGGACUAUGACAUCAUGCUCAUCAAGCUUGCACAACCAGCUGUCCUGGGUGAGCUAGUGCAGCCCAUCAGUUUGCCCAGCCAAUGUGCCAUAGCUGGGACCCAGUGCCUGGCUUCAGAAUGGAUCAGCAGCAACUCUGAUGGAACAGACAACCUUCUGCAGUGCUCCUACCUUCCAGUCACAUCUGAUGCCACGUGCAACAAUGCCUACCCAGGACGGUUCACUGACAGGAUGCUUUGUGCUGGACAGCUGGACAGCAGCCAAGAUGCCUGCAAGGGAGAUGUGGGCAGCCCCCUGGUGUGUGAAGAAGCCCUCCAAGGACUGCUGUCCUGGAAGAAAAGCUGCAGUGAAGAGAACCGGCUGGGGCUGUACACCAAGGUCUGCAUCUUUGAAGACUGGAUCCACUACACAAUUGCCAAUAACUGAAGAGCAAUAAAGCCAGAUUGAGCUCUGACCUGGUAUCUCGCUGCUCUGAGAGAGACCCUGUGAUCUGGCACCACCAGCAAUGCAAUGACUAUACAGGCC